AUGCAGUUCAACAUUAAUGAGAGUUCAACAUUACUGAGGAAGGGAGAUGGGAUACAGUUCAACAUUACUGAGAACACAGCCCCCAACACGUUUGUCACACAGGUGAUUGCGUCAGACCCAGACAGUGGGGAGGCGGGCGUGAUCACAUACCAGUUCCUAAGUGGUGACACUCACCCUGACCAUCAGUACUUUAGAAUAGGCCCCACUAGUGGACGUAUAGUGACCACUGAUAAAGUGCUGGACAGGGAGACCAAGGAGGUCUAUGAGCUGAUUGUUAUAGCUCGAGAUAAUGGCGUCCCACCCCAGGAAGCCCAUCGCCGUCUGCUGGUACGGCUCCGAGAUCUGGACGACAACCAGCCGACUUUCAGAGAUUGCAGGGAUCUGCGAGACCCAGUCACUGUAAGCGUUAUGGAGAACCAGCCUCCAGAGACGGAGGUCGCCAUAGUUGAAGGCUGCGAUGCUGAUCUCAGUCCCAAUAAUGUCAUGGCAUACAGGAUUACUUGUGGGGACUCUGAAGUCUUCUCUCUGGACCCCAACUCUGGCAGACUUGCAACAAAGAGAAUUUUAGAUCGUGAAUUGAAAGCCAGCUAUGAGCUGUGCAUACAAGUCUUGGAUCCUUCCCGAGACACACCUGUGGCUACUAGUGGAUCUGCUGUUAUCCGGUACAUCAUUAAUGUUCUGGAUGAGGAUGACGAGCCACCAAGGUUUGAUAGAGGGACUGGGAAGAUUGUCACCACAACCGUCUUGGAUACUGCGCUAUACCACAGUGAGGUCACCAAGGUGUAUGCACAUGACCCAGAUUUAGUUGGUAAAGACAAGAUACUAUACAGCAUUACGGAUAUUAAUUAUGUGAGGAACAAGUACCCACCCAACCGUGAUGUCCGGUCAGCUUUCAUCAUUGAUAAGAACACUGGAAUGAUCAGAACUAACUUUUCUCAAUUCACCGAUUUCAUCAAUGGCUUCUUCAACAUUUCUGUACAGGUCAGAGAUGCCAAGAACAGGAGAGACACUGCCCAAGUUUUGGUUUAUGUUAUCAAGGACUACGAGAAGCUGAAGUUUGUGUUUGAUGAAGAUCCCAAUAAAGUCAAAGACAAACUGGAUGAUUUCCUCAAAGAACUUGUCCCAAUCGUUGGGUUUGAGGUGAAACCAGAUGACAUUUCCCACCAUGUUGAUGAAAAUGGCAACAUUAAUGCCAACAAAACUGAUGUAUGUUUUCAUGCUGUGAAAGGGUCAGAGGUCAAGCCAAAACAUCAGACCAGAAAGGAACUACAAAAUAGUCAAAACUACGAGCUGCAGAGGUUAUAUGCCCUGAAUGGGGUCUCAGGGGUCGAGAACUGUGUGAAUCCCACAGCCCUGGCCCAGACCACAAAUUUUGGGGGUUACAGCUGGCUCUGGUGGCUGCUAGUGGCCCUGGCUGCCCUCCUGAUACUUCUGGCCAUUAUAGGUAUCAUCCUUCUCUGCUGCUGCUGGAACAGCUAUCAGAAAGCUGCAGGUGCUCCAUACAUUCCAGAGGCCACAAAUCCUGUUCUUUACAGCAGAGAGAUGGAAUGGCAAGAAGGUACUAUGAGCUAUACUGACCCUGGCCCUGGAGGGUACGGCAACUACACCUACCAAGUCCAGUUCUAGGACACCAACAUCUCCAUAAUACUUUUCUUUAACUUUAAACUAACUAAUUGGUGCUAUGAACAGAUGAGACACAGUCUUCCUGCAGUGCAAUGUGACAACUGGAUGAGGUACAUUGGAGUUGUGAAGAUUUUGGGAGUGACAGACCACAUAUGAGAUUUAUUUUUGUUUUACUCAUGGCUGUCACAGGUUUUGACAUAAAGAUUUUAUGAUAAAAAAGGCAAUUGUGUAUAUUACACUUGUUGAUAGUGCACUUUUCCACCACUAGUGAAAUCAAAUAUAUAUUUUUCAACUUCUAGAUUAUUCAUGAAUUUUCAGCUCCUACAUAUGCUGUAUAAAUUCUGUAUCAAAAGCUGCUCUUAGUUAAACAACUGAAUUUAUUUGACAGAAGUGUCACUUAAAGAGCAAUUAUGUGCCAUACGCUAUCUUAUUAAUUAUUUUUCAUAUCUCACUUUCUUUGUGAUCACUGAUAAUAAUAUUAGUACCUCAUCAUGUUAUCAGUUGUCGUUAAUCUCUAUUGGAUAUGUGACAACAGUACAAUUCCCAUUGUUUUUGUAAUUUUGAAGUGUUGAAAAACACUCUUAAUUUUCAUAUAUCCCUUGUAGGCAAAAAAAUGACAAUAGAACAAUGUAAAACUUAUUAUAAUUUAUUGUUAAAACAGUGUGUAAUCGUUGCUCAUUUAUAACACCUCAAGAGAUCAUAUGAU